AGCUCGUUGAGUGUCUUCUAUACUUUGUUUUUAUAUUUAUGAUGUGUUUCUGAAAAUAUACGUUUCUAUUACACUAUUAAAUUUUCUUAUAUCUAUUGUAUUAAGAUCAAAAAAAAUUCAUACAUCGCACACUUACGUAUAUGAAACAGAGAACGUCAUAACUACUAAGUUAAUCAAAUAAAAUCUGUUGUAAUUUGAUUAAGAUUUAAACAGAUCAAAAUGGAAACUUCAUACCAAGGAGGUGUGAUCGACGACGUCAAUGAUAAUUUUCAGAGUUUGUCGCAAACAAUUGCAAGUAAUAUCAAGAAGAUAUCGCAUAAUGUGUCUUCAAUGUCCAAGAUGGUCAACCAGCUGCAAACUCCUCAAGAUUCACAGGAGCUCAGGAAACAGCUUCGCCAGAUACAAAACUACACUCAGAAACUGGCAAAGGACACAUCGUCCAUGAUAAUGGACUUGAUGAAGAUGCAGACGGACCAGCCAGCUAACAAGUUGACUAGAGACAGACUCAGCGAUGAGUACAUGGCUACUCUCAAUGCGUUCCAGGCAACACAAAGAGCAGCAGCGCAGAAGACAAAAGAAGAUGUCAGAAAAGUGAAGGCACAAAAUAUAAACAUUGGUGCUCCAUUUGCUACAGGUAGCAACAGAGAGUUGGUGGAGAUGGGUGACACAAAUGUGAGGAAGCAAGAACAGCUCACCAUGCAGUCGGAGCGAGAAAUGCUCGAGCUCGAACAACGUGAGAAGGAUAUCAAACAACUUGAGAGUGACAUCAUGGACGUGAACCAGAUAUUCAAAGAGCUCGGUGCGAUGAUCCACGACCAAGGCGCGGUCGUGGAUUCCAUAGAAUCCAAUGUGGAAUACGCUUCACAGAACGUUGAGAGCGGAGUGCAGGAGUUGCAUCAAGCUGCUAAUUACAAGAAUAAGCUGCGGAAGAAGAAAGUUUACUUGGCGCUUAUAUUAAUUGUAAUCAUUUCUAUUAUAUUGAUCAUUAUUUUCCACAAUUAAAACGCCCACAUUAAUAAUAUGUAAGUUGCCGCAAUGUUAACAUAAUAUUAAGGUUCACUGAUUAUGACAUUAUUACUUUAGAACUUUUAAAUAUUUUCUAUUAAUAAAAUCAAUUUAUUUUA